UGCAGGACGGGGUCCGGCCGGGGAGAGGGGGGCGGCAGGAGCGGAUCGUUCACGCGCGAGGCAGAGCGGCGCGGACCAUGCCGGAGCUGUGAAAACGUCGCUCUCACCCUCAAACGCAAUGUCCCUGUUGUUUACUCGUUCCAAGUCAAUUGUUGCAGUGAAGAAGGAUAAAAGACACAUGGCUGAGGUAAAUGCUUCUCCGCUUAAACAUUUUGUCACUGCAAAGAAGAAAAUCAACGGUAUCUUUGAGCAGUUGGCUGCAUACAUCAAUGAGAGCUCCUCAUUCCUAGAAGAAACACACAGGAAUGUGGAGCUUGACCCUGUCACCACAGAAGAGCAGGUAUUGGAAGUCAAAGGUUACCUCUCAAAAGUCAGUGGCAUUAGCGAAGUGCUGGCAAGGCGACACAUGAAAGUGGCUUUUUUUGGAAGGACAAGCAACGGAAAAAGCACUGUGAUAAAUGCCAUGCUAUGGGAUAAAGUCCUUCCUUCAGGGAUUGGACACACCACAAACUGUUUCCUGCGUGUAGAAGGAACAGAUGGGCAUGAAGCUUUCCUGCUUACUGAAGGCUAAGAAGAAAAAAAGAGCGUCAAGACCGUAAACCAACUUGCUCACGCUCUUCAUCAAGAUGAACUUCUGGAUGCUGGCAGUUUAGUCAGUGUUAUGUGGCCCAAUUCCAAAUGUCCUCUCUUAAAGGAUGACUUGGUGCUGAUGGACAGCCCUGGCAUUGAUGUAACCACAGAGCUGGACAGCUGGAUUGACAAGUUCUGUCUAGAUGCUGAUGUAUUUGUCCUUGUGGCAAAUUCUGAAUCUACAUUGAUGCAAACUGAGAAACAGUUCUUCCACAAGGUGAAUGAACGCUUGUCUCGACCCAAUAUAUUUAUCUUAAAUAACCGCUGGGAUGCAUCUGCUUCUGAACCAGAAUACAUGGAAGAGGUGCGUCGGCAGCACAUGGAGCGGUGUACCAGUUUCCUGGUAGAUGAGCUGGGCGUGGUGGAUCGAGCCCAGGCAGGGGAUCGAAUCUUCUUUGUGUCAGCAAAAGAAGUGCUGAAUGCCAGGAUUCAGAGGGCUCAAGGGAUGCCAGAAGGAGGUGGAGCGCUGGCAGAUGGAUUUCAAGUGAGAAUGUUUGAGUUUCAGAACUUUGAGAGAAGAUUUGAGGAAUGUAUCUCACAGUCUGCAGUGAAAACAAAAUUUGAGCAGCAUACAGUGAGAGCGAAGCAGAUUGCUGAAGACGUUCGUCUUAUCAUGGAUUCUGUGCAUGUUGCCGCCCAGGAACAGCGAGUUUACUGUCUGGAAAUGCGAGAGGAACGACAGGAACGUUUAGGUUUUAUUGAUAAACAGCUGGAGCUCCUUACUCAAGACUACAAGCGGAAGAUAAAACAGAUCACAGAAGAAGUGGAGAGACAGGUAUCAAAUGCAAUGGCUGAAGAAAUUAGACGGCUUUCAGUGUUGGUAGAUGAAUACCAAGCAGAUUUCCAUCCAUCUCAAGUAGUUCUUAAAGUUUACAAGAACGAGCUACAUAAACACAUUGAGGAAGGUCUGGGCCGUAACAUGUCGGAGCGUUGCUCCAAUGCUAUCGCAGUUUCCCUGCAGACAAUGCAGCAAGAAAUGAUAGAUGGUUUAAAACCCCUUCUCCCAGUCUCUUUGCGGGGCCAGAUAGAUAUGUUGAUUCCCCGACAGUGCUUCACGCUCAGCUAUGAUUUGAACUGUGACAAGCUUUGUGCUGACUUCCAAGAGGACAUAGAAUUCCAUUUCUCUCUUGGAUGGACGAUGCUGGUGAAUAGAUUUUUGGGACCAAAGAAUGGUCGUCGGGCCUUGAUGGGCUAUAAUGACCAGAUUCAACGCCCUUUAACACCAGCAAAUCCCAGUCUGCCUCCUUUGCCUCAGGGUUCUAUGACCCAGGAAGAGCUCAUGGUGUCUAUGGUGACUGGACUGGCCUCAUUAACUUCCCGAACUUCCAUGGGGAUCCUCGUGGUUGGUGGCGUGGUCUGGAAGGCUGUGGGUUGGAGACUGAUUGCUCUUUCUUUGGGCCUUUAUGGGCUCCUUUAUGUAUAUGAACGUCUCACUUGGACCACAAAGGCGAAGGAGAGAGCUUUCAAACGCCAGUUUGUAGAGUAUGCUGGUGAGAAACUGCAGCUCAUCGUCAGUUAUACAGGUUCCAAUUGCAGCCACCAAGUCCAACAAGAGCUUGCUGGAACAUUUGCUCAUUUGUGUCAGCAAGUGGAUGUCACACGGGAGAAUCUUGAGCAGGAAAUUUCUGCCAUGAAUAAAAAAAUUGAAAUUUUGGAUUCACUGCAGAGCAAAGCAAAACUGCUCAGGAAUAAGGCAGGUUGGCUGGACAGUGAACUCAACAUGUUCACACAUCAGUACCUGCAGCAAAGCAGAUAGUGUGGGAAGAAAAGGAAAUCAACACUGUUUCCCUUCAGUGCUCUCUCUUAAUUACCGCAGGGAACAUGGUGGGUGAUGGAAUCCCUAAAGGGAGCGAGCAAAAAGCCAAAUGCUGUGUUUCUAGUCACUGUGUGAACGAUAGGAUUCUGCUUCCCUGUUUCAUGUCACACCUCUAAACACUAGCUGUUUGCAACUUCUUUUUCCUGUUGGGGAGGCUGGGCUACUUAAGAAGGAAUGUCUGCCUCAUACAUUAACAGGGGGCUUUUUAAAGCAAAAUGAAGUUCAGCAACAGCCAAUUUAAAACAGCAAACAAAGGUAUAUCAGGUUAAAAGUCAUUCUAACGCAUCUUUCCUUGUGGAUUCAGUCAUUUUACUACAUGCAGAUAAACUUUUUGAAUUCAAAGCCCCGAGUUCAUGUAUGCGUGAUAUGCAGCUACUUGUCCCAACACAGAUUUCUCAUGGCACGGAGGUGUAAAGAUAUUUUCACAAUACUGCUACAGCCCAUGCCAGCCUAUCUCCUAGGUAGCCUUCAGUAAGUACAAAACAUGACAAAGAACAACUGCACCCUAUCUCUUCAUAGAAAAGUUUGUUGCUGUCAGCAUGUUCAAACCUAUGAACAAAACCAGUUAUCUCCCAGAGUGAGAGGGAUUAAGAUUUUGCGUUAGUAAACUUACUGUCUUUCGCGUUGGUUUCUUCCUCUUCAGAGCUCUUCAGUUCAACAAAGCAGCCUGGCCCAUUUCACGUCACAGACAAAUAGUUUGCAAAGACAAAACUAGCUCCUGUAAAGGAGCAAGUAUUGAUUUUUUUUUUUUUUUUUUUUUUUUUUUUUUUGGUGUCUUGAUAAUUUGGCAGCUUGUGGAGGAAGAAAAACAGGACUGAAAAGGAAAGCCAGUUGACAGAAUAACUGCAUUAUGAGAUAAGUUGAUGAAUGUGUUUUUUGGAAAUGCACAGCUGUGUUUCUGGAAGCAGGACUUUGGAAUUCCAUUACCGCUAUUAGGCCACAAGGACGGCAUGUGGAUUACAAGCUGUAAGAGAUUUUGCUUCGUGUAGAGUUUCCAUGGGGUGAUGGAGUCCAUGCAGUAAUAUGAUUCAAUGUUGUUUCUGUUUUCUUAAAAUGAGAGUAUGAGAAUGAGCUGACAAGUGCAGCUCUUCUAGUGCUGGAGAGACCUGUCUGCUAUUUCAUGCAUGGACAAGACUGGAUUAAGGCAACUUAUAUUUUUUUAAAUGCUCUCUAUAGGCAAACAGAUCAAACUGAUCUUUGAGUUUUCCCCAAAGCAAUUUUUAAUUCUAAAAUUUAGGAAUUGUAAGGACUUCAGUCUCUUCCUAAUUGUAAUUGAUGAAGAAGAAAUUCCCACUGAUUUCAGUAGCGCUAGGAUCAGGUUCCUUUGCUGCAAAAUUUAUUUUCCACUUGGUAGGUCAGUAUUAUACGGCAUACGUUAGGCAUGACCUUUCUGUUCCCGUUUCCCCCCUCACCCCAAAUAUCUCUAAGGAAUCCAGAAUCAGGCCCUAGAGUUCUGAGGUUAAUGCUAACCUAAAUCUGUCCAGCAUCAGACGUAUUAGAAAAUAUGGGUUAUCUGUGAGCAGGUCCCAGCUCUGAGUUCAGAACUACUGAAAGGUGUUUGUUGGGUUUUGUUUGGUCAUAUUGACAAUGAGACUUUUUAUUUAAAAAUGGUAUCAGCUGGCCCUAGGAUUUCUCAACUCGCGCUCGGAUGCAAAUGUAUUUAUGUGCCUGAGACAAAUCCACUGCUUCACCGGAAGUUCCUGAAAGGAGAAGCUGCCUGAUAUUUGAGGGAGGAAAAAAUAGUGAAGUGUCAGUAAGUACUUGAGGCUAUUUUAACCUUUCCAGUCAGAUUUCAAGUAUUUUGGGUCAGUUGGGAAUUGGCAGGUUGAGACUCUUGCUAUGUCCCUGGAAUAUAGGAAGCAAACAACGGAGUACUAGAGCGGAGAGAAGGAAUGGAUUCCACAAAGAGAUUUAGGUGCUUCAUAAGUUGGUGUUAGAGGAACAAAUCUUUCACUUCCAGUGGACAGCUUUGAAUCCAACCCAAAUUUAAAAGCCAUUUUCACCUGAGGGCUCUUCAUUGGCUGCGGUCACUCUCCUCAGGCAGUCACCAGGACUCGCCUGAGGUGUGCCUGAAGUAUGGCUUGGAUCUGAGAUCUACGAAUGAGUAGGAAAGAAACUGGAGUCCUUGCCUCUGGAAAUUGUGUUCUGUAGGUUUGUGGUGAAGUAUACCAGAAUAAGUGGAAUUGUCCACUGUAAUUAUGUGAAUAAAUUCAGAUCUGGAGUCUCCCAAGCUAUCCCUUCAGCAUCUAUAAUAAGCUAUGUUCCGUGCAGUUGAGUUCAAACAUUAAGCUCAUCCCUGAUACAGCAGUCAAUUUGCCAGUUCCAGGUAGAGGGUGGUGGUGAUGUACCUCUAGACUACCUGAAGUGCUGACCAGGCUUUUGAAGAUGUGUGCUCCUAGUAUCCCUUUAACAGGGCUUAAGGGGAAAUCUGAGAAAUGAUCUGAUCUUUAAAGCUGGCGUUUGAUCUGUAGAGGGAGAGGUUCAUGGGUUCUUAGAAUCUGAUGUCUUGCUAUUGUAUGUGUUCCUGAUACCGUGCAGAUUUUGGUGAUGUAGGCUUUCUUGCUGUAACAUUGAAACAACCUACAGAACGGGGGAAAGAACCACUUCAAUUUUUUAAGAAGCAAAACUGCUUCAGGAGCAAGGAAGUAAUGUUUUUUAAGUAUGCGUGUAACCCUUGUCGCUAGAAGCCAAGUGGCUGAGAAUUGGACUUGAACGGACUUGCCUAUGAGUUGGAUUCCUCUUAAAGUAAUCGAGAUAAUGACUGUUCUUCUUUAAUUCAGAUUGGUGGAGGAAUGAACACUAUCAGCAAGGAGGUUAUCUUCUGCUUUCCAUAAGGAAUGAUAAAUAAUCCUUAGACCAGGUACUUCCAAGGGCAAGCUCCCCCAAACUCUUAUUAAGGAAGACCAGCUAAAUGCACUUUAUCUUAUUGCUGCUACUUAUUUUUCUUGUUGUUAUGUUGAUGGGGCUCUUCAAAGUACUCUUACCAGUGAGUUUUCUCUCUGCUGUAUUUAAGGUGAUAAAUUUGCAUGAAUUAUUCCUGUAUCAAUGCUGUAAACAUUGGAAACCAAAAUAAAAAAAUGAAUUGGGAA